GAAAUGCAACUUGUGAGAAACUGAAAGCAGGUGGCAUCAUACAUAAAAUAUGCUGCAACGGAAGUGAUUCUAGCAGAGACCACGUGUACAGUUGAGGGGGAUGAGGUACCACGAUGGAAAACAUGGAGGUCAAAAGAUGGUUGUCGCAAAUGCAGGUGUAAUAAACGGCUCCAGUGUAAGAUAACGCAUCUGCCUCAGUGUGUUACAACUACAUCUGAAUCAUACACGAUUCCAACACUUACGUAUGAAGAACAAUCAUCUACUACUGACAUCAAUAUGUCUAUGUUACCCACUGAUGUAUCAAUAACUUCGAUUUCAAUUCCAACAAAAGAAACACCAAUAAAGGAAACAUUUGCGCCAGUAUUUCAAAGUACUACAGAAGUUAAAACAAUCGAAUUUUACGGCGAUCAAAAUAUUACAGAAACUCAAAUAACUGAACGUACAACACAGAAUCAAACAUCCGAGAGACUAACAACUGAAAGAGAUACGCCUCCACUCCCAACGUUUAAACCAACUACGGCAUUGACAAUGGGAUGUAUUUGGAGCAGUUGGGGAUCUUACAUCGACAGAAUAUGUUCAAAGCCGUGUGGGUCUGGCAUAUUGAAAAGGACGCGAACAAGAAACAAGAUGAUAGGCAGUUCCACUGACCCAUCUCAUUGUAUUGGAAGCUCUGUUGAUAUUUCAACGAUAAUAUGCAAUACAAUCAAAUGUUGUAUCUGGAGCAAGUGGAGUUCAAAUGAGUAUGUAACAUGCACUAAACCCUGCGGAACUGGAAUCAAGUUGAGCACUAGAACCAGAACUCGUAUGUACAUCACAACAGGGAAUAGUCCUAUAUGUACAGGAGAGUCCAUUCGAACAAAUACUGCACCAUGCAAUACUAAACAAUGUUGUAAUUGGGGAAACUGGGGCAGUUAUCAGUUUGGUCCAUGCUCGAAAACUUGUGGUAGAGGGAAGCAUACCGGAAGGCGUACGAGGAAAAAGGUUAAUAGCAGUAUUGGAACAACCCCAAACUGUAAAGGUUCACCUAAGUCAACGUUCAGCAGAUCGUGUAAUACACAACCGUGUCUCAAAACAGCAUCUGCAAGGGGCUGUCAACGGUGCGAUUCUAGUUGCGGCAGAUUUCCAGCAAACACAAUGUGUUGCUUUGGCUGUUGUGUCACUCGCACUGGAGUCAAAUCGAGCUGUUGUGGAAAACGUAGCUAUGACACGUCUGGAAGCCUUUGCUGUGGAGGGAAAAUAGUUAGCAAAACUGGAUUUAGGUCACAAUGCUGUGGCACCAGGAGUUAUGACACUUCAAAUAGUCUUUGCUGUGGAGGGAAGGUAGUUAGCAAAACUGGAUUUAGGUCACAAUGUUGUGGUAGGCGAAGUUACGACACAACAAACAGUCUCUGCUGCGAUGGUGUGAUCCAAGCAAAACCCGGUUUUAGGUCUGCAUGUUGUUGUAAAAAGGCAUAUGACACUUCAAAAGCUAAAUGUUGUAGCGGCUGUAGAAUUUGCUCAAAUUUUCCUUGGAAUUGAACUUUGUACCCUCAUCAAACUGUGAACAUUUAAACAUUUAAGGGAUAUGUAGACAGAAUUUUAAUGAAC